AGGCCAUCCGGAGCAGCCAACUAUCAACUAUCUCACCUCCACUGCACCUGCCGUGGCCGCGGUCGCCGAGCUGAUAACUCGACUCGGUUAGCCGACCGAAUCACGGUAGUCCAGUCCAAGGGAGCUGCCGCUCAAGCAACGCUCGAUAGCUCCGCCGGUGCAUCCUCGCAGAUUGCUGCUUUUGGGGUGGUCGCGGUUUUUUCGGAAAGGAAACAGUGAUUCGGACGCCAGUCGAAGUGAUCGCAGUGAGUGACUUGUCGCGUCAAGCGGAUAGGAUCGUCAGCUGAAAGGUUUCGCCACAACUUCCGUCCGUGUCAAAAAGUGACAAAUAUUUACCGUCGUUCGCGACUAAAUCGACUGUAUGUAUUCAAACAUGUAACCGCACAUCCUGACCGGAGCGUUAUCAGCACCUCCUGUCUAAAGUGCUCGAAAGAGACUUUAUUAGUAAAUUUUCGUUACCUGCUGUAACCCCACGCCGGGUCAGGUCGGGCUAUUAGACGUGCCAACUGGUGUCCCAGCAACUUUUCGCUCAAGAACCUGAGUUAGUGAAGUGUUAAAAGUUAUUGGAAGCAUGCACCCGAGGAAGGGCUGAAGGGAUUACGGACCUUCCAGGGAAUAUCCUUCAGUGAUGGACACGGAGAGCCCCGUUGUGUGGCCGGCUUGGUGCUAUUCAGGUGAGACGGCGUCUACGGCUGAAGGCUUGGAGCCCACGCAGAUCCACCAGGCCACCAAACCCAUGCGGAGGAGACGUAUGGACCGUUCCGUAAACAACAACGGUCCCAUCGCGACCCCCAUCACCGCGUCGGACUACGCCCUGCACAACAACAACAACCACGUUAAGUCGGAGAGGCUGAGCCCCGGCACUCCCGACACCUCUAGCAGGUCCCGCUCGGUUACCCCUAGUUCUGCUUCCCAUCCGGACACACCUCCGGCUGUGGAGAAUCCCCUGCUACCCGCCGCUGUCUCGGGCAGGAACUACAGCGACUUCAUGAGGAGUCUAGCCGCCAAGUACAACAACGCCAAUCCCAAUGACUACUUCAACGCAGCGAGGAACGGAUUCCCCCCGCCCCUGGACCCCCGCUUCAAACCGUCAUUCCCGAACCUCUUACCCUCCCUCGCAGCCCCCCAAAAUAAAGAGAACGAAUCGAACAACAAGAAAACCGACUUCCCCGUGCUCAACCCCUUCGUCGGCGUCACCGGAGCCGCCAUAUUCCCGCCCCUGAUAGACAUGUCCACCACCCAGACACUCCUGGCUAUGGUGAGGAGUGCCAAAGAGGCGGAACUCCAGGGUCUGCUGAAGAAUGUGAAAAGACAAGACACCUCGUCGCCUUUGGACCUUUCCUCAGCGGCGCCUCCCGCCAAGAAGCCCAGGAUAAAGACGCCUUCGUCGAGUAGUCCGAGCUACGGGAGCGGCGCUCCAGCUCCUAGAAGGGCAGAGAGUGAGAGUCCAAAACUACACGAGGAUAUCUCCAGCUGGACCGUGGACGAUGUGUGCAAUUUCGUCUCGAACAUCGAUAUAUGUGCCGAAUAUGUACAGACGUUUCGCGAUCAGCGCAUAGAUGGCGCGGGCUUGCCGCUGUUGACGGAGGAACACCUGACCACCACAAUGAAUAUGAAACUGGGACCGGCGCUAAAGCUGCGCUCCGUCCUCGCCAAGAAAUUGGGAUCGUGCAACGUCUGCUUGCACUGCACGCACUGCCACAAUUCCUCCGGGUCACCGGAACCGUCCAACACCACCGGAAACAUGUCCGACUCGGGUGGCACCUCCUGAAACCGGAGGAGAUUGGUCUCAGAACUGGGUCUCAAUUUUAGGUUGCAAUAUUUAUUGUUUAUUGAAUGAACGCAAUAUUUAGUAUUUUUUUAUAUGGUUAUAAAUGUGUAGAAAGUAAGUGAGAUCGAUUUCAGCGAUGUUUUAGAAGGAGUUCUACUUGAGGGAAAAAUAUUUGUACGAGUUUAAUAACGGUGGGCUACUUAAAUCGAAAUUGUAUUCAGACUGCACAAAUAUUUUGUAACAGUGUAAAUCUUUCAUUUUUUUAAGCUGUUGUAAGAUAUGUACAAGUGGAUUUGUAUAGUUCCUAAAUGAUAAAAGUGUUUAAAUAUAGAAUAAACUACACUGCUUAAAACCCCAUGCCCUUGAGGAAGAUGUUUUGAUUUUUUCAGCACUGGGUGUUUUAAGCAAACUUAUGCAACGAAACAUAUUAAUUGCUCAAUUUUAUAUUACUACAACUUGUUCAAUUGUAUAUUUUUAUAUCUCAAAGUGAGUGAUGACCUUCCUUCAUAUUAAUAGCGUAGAAAUUCGUUAAAUAUCAAAUAUACUGUUGUCUUCUCUACAAGAGGCAGUGGUGUGAGAAGUUAGUAUUUUGUACGAUUAUCUCCUGUAUAUAAAGCGAAAUAAACACGUAUUUUAGGAAUACUUUAAGAGUACAAUGUACGACAUACUAAGAAAUAUAUAUUUUUUAAAAGA